CCACCACAAACGCAGCAUAACGCGUCGUUCGACGUCGGUGUUUGUGUCUACGUCACGUCGGUUUAAAUUAUGUUUUAAUUACCAGCUACUGCAAAGGCAACUCUAUCGAAGCACAUAAUGCUCCCUCAAUUGCAUAACAGCACUUGCGCAUAAGUGUGUGUGUGUGGGGAAACGCCAGAGGACCGAAACACACCACACCGAAGCGAGAGAGAGAGCGGAAAAACGGCAAACACCUGAGUUGUGCUGCAUUUAAACAGUAAAAACAGAGUUUUUUGUUAAAAACUGUCGUCAUGUCCGGAUGCUGACUAUCGAUAGCGAUUAACUAUCGCAACACCAACAUUCAGUACUCGCCCAGCAAAAGUCACCACUGCGCAUUGGAGGUGGGUGGGAGUCGCCGCUAAAUAGACACUGCAGCCCUAGAAGAUGGCAAUUUCAGUGGAUUGCUGACCUGGCCACACUAAACAGCCCCGAUUUUAGUUGCUGUUUUUUUUACAUAACUCGCCACAUUCGUUCGCCUCGGAAUCCGUGAUAUAUAAUAUACAUGAUAAUAUAAUAUAUUAUGGCCGUUUUCCUGAUCAACGUCUGCAAGUACAAUGGCUGCGGCAUCACAUUUCCGAGCUUGAGCGAUCUGAUUUCCCACAUCGAGGACACCCACAUAGACUAUGACCCGAAGGUGGUCGAACAGAAGGAGCAGGCCCAGCCUGCCUGCCUGCCCUUGAGCUACGUCCUGCGCUUCAUCACCGAGGAUAACCGCAAGGAGGCGGGCUCGUUCCUGGCCAGCAACACUACCGCCCCACCGACCACCAACAGCGGAUCCAACUCCGCUGGCCAUGGAAAUGGCAAUGCGGAGCUCAAGCGAAAGCUGGCUAUUAAACACCACAGCUACAGUAUGUCCUCGUCCAACCGCAGCACUACGCCUACAGGCAGCGAAAUGGACGAGGACGAAAUGGUGGUCACGGAGUCGGAGGAUAGCAACGACUCGUGGACCACCGAGGAGUUUAGCUCCGAAUUUAUCAUGCGCUAUGGCAGCAGGCAUUCCGGUGGCGGAAACAAUGGCACGCCUGGCAAUGAAAAACCCUUCGCCUGCCCUGUUCCGGGAUGCAAAAAGCGUUACAAGAACGUCAACGGCAUCAAGUACCAUUCAAAGAAUGGCCACAAAAAGGAUGGAAGAGUUCGCAAGGGCUACAAGUGUCACUGCGGCAAGAGCUACAAGACGGCCCAGGGCCUGAAGAACCACGCUCUGCACACUCACAACUCGCAGCCGGACAGUGUGCUGAAUGCCCAGUUGGCCAAUGCCUUGGCCAUAGGCGAUGGCGCAUCCACUACGCCAGUGGGCAGCAGCAACACCUCCAACCCGAACCCGCCGCCCGUCAUUCAGCGCAGCAACUCGCCGUCGCAGUCGCUGGGCUCUCUGAGUCCGUCGAGCAUCAGCAACAUGUCGAGCAGCGCCAGCAGUUGUCACGGAGGCAGCAGCAGCCUGUCUGGGAAUGGAAAUAAUAAUGGCAACAAUGGUAGCACACCCAGCAACACUGCCAUUCUCACCGGCAAUGCGAAUGUCCUGCAGCAGCUCAGCGCCGGGAAUGUGGUCACCCUGACCAAUCUUCCCACCCAGCAGCAGCAGCAACAGCAGCAGCAACUCCAUCAGAACACUGCAACAGAAACCUCUUACUCCUGCUCAAACAACAGCAACCUCAGCAAUCCGAACAGCAACCACAGCAGCAGCGAUUCCAGCAAGCCUCCGAUGACUGUGCUAUCCGCCGUGCAUAAGAGGUCCACAGCAAUUGCUCCUGCAAAACCGCCCACCACGGGAAACUCCCUGCCCAUGCAGAUCUCGCCCAACUUCAUUGAGCAUAAGUAUUCGGCGCUGGUCAUGAAGGAAAAGUUCUUCUUGAAUCUAAGGGCCGGCAAAGCGGUGUCCAAUUCUUCCGGAGGCGACGGAGUGACUGCUACUUUGGGACACCAAUCGGAUGUGGGCAUUUCUGGAGGGUCAGGAGGAGGCGGCGGCUUGCGGGCAGUUGCUGUGGGCCAAAUGUGCGCGCUUCAAAACGAGCACAUUCACCAAAAUCUCUACAAGAAAACGAUUAACUGAUCAUCAGAUCGGAUGAAAUGUGGCAACCGGAGAUGCGGAGACGCUGGGCGCCGUUGAAAAGCAAGAGAGUUGGCUGUGAUGAUGUAGUAACUAACUGACUAACAAAACCGGACGAGAGGCGGAGCAAGAGGAUUCGUCAAUAUGGCAGAGAUGGGAAAAGGAUGCAUCGAUAAGAGGAGAGUGAUUAAAGCAGUGGAGGAGCUGGGUGUCGCCCUAAGAUCCUUAGAGAAGUUUUCCAAGACAAGGCAACAAGAAGCAAGAAUUUCCAUUGGCUUCCAAACAAAAUACUACAAAAUGCAAAAACAAAUUCCAUGCAUUUCGCAAUUAUGAAAAUAUCACACACAAGCACAUAACAAAAAACAUUAAAACUAAUCUCAAACAUAAUAAGCAGGAAAUUCUUAAAAUACAUAAACUGUACAUAAAUUUGGCCUGCUUAGAAAAGCUUCUCUAAAACAGCUUUAGAUAAUUUUAAAAUUAAAAUGAAAAAAAAUCGAAACAAAACAAAAAAUCGAAAAAAGAAUUAAUUAUACACACCACAAAAUUUUAGUAAAUAUAUUUGGAGAUCUUUCUUCAACUAGUCAUUAUUGUAGUUAAAUUAAAUUUUUGAUUUUAUACACUCAUAAAAACCAAAACUUUCUAACUGACUGGUUGGUGGAAUCCCCAAACCCUCUAUUUAUACCUUUAGAAACUUUCCCCUGUACAACUUCAAUGAAAUCUUAUUCAGGGGUUCCGCCAAUCAGUUGAUGAAAUCAUUUUUAAUUCAAAAGUCAUAAAUUGGCAAAAAAAUACACAAGAAGUAAGGAAGGAGAGAAUGGCGCAGGAAAAUGGAAAACGCUUUCGAGCAGACCAUUUGAAUUAGGAAAAUUUAAGGUCGCAAACUUGCCAAGGCAACUUCAAGCGAGCCAAAAAACUGCAGAUCCGAUGCAAAAAUUGAUAAAUGUCGAAUAUUUCAAGAAAAAAGAAAAAUAGUUAGCUACAAAUUUAGGGGAAGCCAGGAGGCGUUUCCACUUAGGAGCCACAAUAACUCUACAGUAGUUAUAGUAUUAUACUUAUAAAGCACGCUAUUAUUUAUACAACAGAGCAUACAUAUGUAGCUGUGUGAGUGUGUGUCCGUGCAUGUAUUGUAAUUGUUUAUUUAUAGUGUUCGAAAGUCCCUAAGUGUAAAGUCCCCCAAAAAACAUAUACAAAAUAUACGAUACGAAAACAAACAUAUAUUUGUGGAUACUCUCGACGAUUGUAUUUCAUUGCAUGCCUCUAAAUUUGAUCGAACUUCCUAUCCUAGCAGAAUCGGGUUCCUUAAACAUUCAACCAGAACAAAAACAAUGAAAUUUUUAAUAUACGAUAUUUAUGUCAAGUAUACCUACAUCAAUUUAGUCAGCCGCCAAAACAAAACAAACAAAACCUUUUCAGAGCGCAUUUCGCAGACGCCCAGCGUCUUAAAAAGUAAUCACAACUAAAAUAAAUAGUUCAGAAUCCCUAAAGAGAUAUAACACCUAGCUAUCGAUGCAUACUUACAUCUAGAUAAAAUAUCUUUAAGUCCUCACGCUUAAGCGACUCCCAACGGAUCGCCCUAGUUUAGCCAAACAACUUUUAUAUAGAAGGAACUAUCUUCGGUCCACCGGAGCCCCAUCGAGUUUUCAGGCAGGAGGUAUAUGAAUACCAUCCCUGCCUUAUCACUCGCUUUCAAACUUUCAAAAUGGAUAAUGAACUCAAAACCCUCUAAUGAAAACAAUAAAUUGAGUAUGUCAUCUUAUAUAAGACUGCUGUUAUGUUCGUAAAUAUAUUUAAUAUAUGUAUGUAAAAUUAACGAAAAACAAAACACACACAAAAAAAGUAAUAAAACAAAAAUAACAUUUAAAUAAAAAAAAUCACAAAAUCCAGAAAAUGAAUAAAAACCUAAUGAAUAGUUAACGUAUUCGUACUCUACCUACAUACUAUGUACUAUAUAAUGUAUUGUAAUUGUAAUUUACUAAUAUCGUAAUAUUACGUAGAGAAUUAACUAAAGUCUAAACAUAAACCAUCGACAUCCACAUCAACACGGCCGCAAGAUAGUCCUGACAAAAGGGCUUAUUGACACAUUCACAUGCGCCACAAAAAAACAUUAUCAUCCACAAAAACAACAAAAUGUAGUAAAAUAUUCUCUUUUUGCUUUAUGUGAUCUAUUACAUACUACAUAUACAUAUGUAUAAUAAAAAUGUCCUUCAAAAACAAA